AUGCGAACAUCGUCGGCGCCGGCGUCGGACGCGUCUGAAGAGCUCGCCGAGCAGCUGACGUCGCCGAAAAAGAAGCUGUCGAGGCGCGAGAACGACGCGGCGCGGUUUCUGCGGAAACGCUCGGCGAAGAACGCGAACAACGACUACCACUCGUGCCACAAACCGACGUAAGCGAGAAAAUUGAUGAAAAUAAGAUUAUCAGCUGAAACAGUUGACGGAAAAAUAACGGAAUAGUCGAAGAAGACCAAGAACAACAAAUUGACGCCAAAAAACCGCUUGAAAAUCGAGCAGUUUUCUUAUUUUUUCGAUUUUCCUGACCCCUCUUCCGUUUGCUGCAGAAUAACGCUUUAUAGGCAAAUGAGCGAAUGAAGCUUACUGAAAUGGACUGAAAAUGACGGAAAUGAGUCUUGAAUACCAUUUUCAGCAGAAAACGGUUUGAAAAUCGAAUCAUUCUCUUGUUUUUCUCGAAAAGCUCAAAAGUGCUUGCGAGUUUUUCGGGCUCAAUUCGAAGAAACUGAAGCUAGAUUACAUUGUGAAAACGUUUUAGGUACGGGGAAUUUGAUAAUAAGAAAAUGUUUUGUCAUUGAAGUGCCCCGAUAGUUGGAUUUUGUCCUUUUCUACUCAAAUUUUGAAACAUCUCAUGAUUUCACAGAGUAUUUAAUUUCAACACAACAUACAUUUGUGACAUUUUCUUUUUCGCAGACAUUCCCCGGAACUUUGUUCAGAAUCUUGACUUUUUCACAAUUUCAAAGCGUUCUUCUCCAUUCACCAGAGCUUUCUCUAUCCGAACCGAUAUUUUCCAGACUCGCUUCUUCACGUUUCAUUGCCAGUUAAAAUGAGUGUUCGAUUCCUAAAAAGAAGUGUUUGUUUUAUGCUCCGAUCGCGAUUUGCAUAAGCUUUUACACACUGCUUGGUAUUCCCUUUGAGUGCUCCUCACUCAAUCUUGUAGCAAUUUAGUCAGAGUUUAAAAGAAAAAGUGUGAUGAUAGAUGUUGUACACGGGUGAACAUUUAGUGUAGGUGAAAUGACUGAACUUUUGAGCCACUUGCAAUAAUCCGAUGGGAUUCAAAUUUUGCAGGCUUCUUGGACUUGGAUUGAAGUAUUUUGAGUACAAGUUUCAGACCAAUUGGUCCUAAUAUUUACCGUUUUGGCAUCAAACCGGUAUAUCUCGGGACCGGAAAGUCGAUCGGUCUGAAACUAGGACUCAAAACAAUUGAUCCUUAGGCCAAGAAGCCUGCAAAGUUUGGGCCGGAUCGGAUUAUUGAAAAUGACUCAAAAGUCCAGGCCUUUGAAAAGCGCGAGCUGAAACUUUCAAAAUCGAAGAAGAACAGGCCCCAAUUGAAUUCAAUCCAAACCAUCCGAUGUUUACAGAUCCAUCGCCGAAAUUCCCAGCAUCCGAAAUGCCGAGUCGCCGGAUCGACCCGUCAGUCCGCCAUUCGAACCCAUUGCAUGCGGUCUUUCCGAAAUGAAAAAGAGCAUUUUGUCGGAUGCGGAUGCGGACAUGCUCAAGACACAACUCCCUCACUUGCAUUUCGAUACAGUACGUGAACAUUGUGGUUUUGACCCGAAAUUCAAAUUUUACAUGUUUCUCCUCGAAACUGAUGCUCGUAUUCACGUUUUUUCUGCGAAUUUUUGCACGAUCAACUUUCAGGUGUUGAACAUAUUCUCCACGUACGGCUGCAACAUUGACGCGACAAUAGCAGUGGGAAAAUUGAUGAGCGACGUGGAUUUGGUGCCGCCCAUAGUCAAAGAGAUCUUCGUCUCCGGCGUCGCAAUCGAACGGUACACCAAUCCGACACGAUCAACUCACUACAAGGAGUUUUAUAUGAAGAAAUAUGUACGUCCAAACACGGCAAUUUUGUACAAAAUUGACAACAUUGCAGACGUGCGGAACGGCGGACACGCCCUCAAUGGUCGACUUCUACUACGGCCAGAAAAAUUUGCUGGGCCGAAACUGGCGAGUCGAGCACGGAGACUACGAGUAUCGCGGAGAGGCGAAGAGUUCGAGGGAGAAGUACCUGAACGAAAUGAACAUAACACAGUUCGCGUACGUUUUUUGCCUCUUGUUUAGGCACUGGAAAACCCUCUUCUUGCCCACCAACCAUACAACUAUUUUUUUUUACAUUUCAGCCGUGACCCAUCGUUGCCCGCAAAACAGACGCGCGGUCAGAAGGCGGCGGCGACUCGACUGGCGAAUCUGAAGCUGUACCGGCGGAGAGAAGGAUCCUUCCAGGAGCGGGAAAUCGAUUCGGACACUGUCUCAGUGUCGAGUCUCUCGGAAAGAACGGAGCGGUCGGAGCCGGAGCAGAAGGAGGAGGCGUCGGCGGAAGAGGGCACGCAGACGACGUGCCCGCCGACGGCGCCCUCGCCCUCCUCCUCCGGAUCCGUCUCCGUCUCGUCCGUCUCCUCCACCUCCACCGCCACGUGUCAUCAUCCGAGAACAUUGAAGAGACCGCGGAUCGCGCCGAGCACACCGAGAAUACACGUGGUCCCGCUCGUCGCCAACGGAACGCCCGUUUCGGCGUCGCCGGCGAGAAAACGCCGAAAAAAGACGGCAGAUGAGAAGCAAGUGGGACCGAAGAGGGACUAUCCGAACAGGGACCGCAAGAAACCCGCUUUUUUUGAGCAGUAG